UGGGAGAAUCCAACAAGGGGUGAGUGAAGGAGAGGAGGUCAAGUACCGAGAGAGUAAAAGCUGGGAAAACUGAUUGGCUAACAGGUUGCAGGUGUGAGAAAAGAGAGAGAGAAGAGGAGAGAGAGAGAGAGAGAGAGAGAGAGGGGGAAAGUACAGGAAAAAUUAAUCAGACCUCAUCAAAAAACAACUAGGCACAAGGAAUAAUUAAACAUUUUUAACUAAGAAAGGACUGAACUAAAAUAAAGCGGAAACGAGGAUUGCCUGAUCCAAAAUAAGAGACUAAGGAAUACAGAGCCAAAAAUAUAACUACAAACAAACCCAUGAAAAAAAAAAAAAAAAAUAACCCAGCAUCCUGAUAGUCGCAGCAUAAACGUCAUUCCUCCACCCAGCUCCGACGGACGCACCGGCGAAAACGUAAACUGCGCAGAACAUUCAAACUUUGUUUUUGUUUUCUCACUGCUCCGACUAGUUUGAGAAUUUAAAAUGUAAAAUUCCUCUUGAAUAAAUAUCCGUACCCGAACGCCAAAGUUUCUUUCGCAAACUGUGUGCGUGGUCGGACUCAAAAACCCGACGCAGCGAGCGAAACCUUUAGACUCCGACGCUCGGUAGAGACUCAAGGAGUACCAAAAAAAAAAAAAAAAAAAAACCGCGUCACCGUGCUCGAAGUCAGAAGGGACGCCGACGGUCUGCUGCUGUCCGGUCACAGCAUGAGCGGCACGGAGGAGGAGCGCUGCUGCGUGGAGUCCCUCCGGGCAGUGAAACGUGCUUUGGAGGAGAGGGGCGCAGGUCUGGAGCAGGCAUCCCGGAUGGCGCAGCUCAGGUGGAACAGGAGGGAGCAGCUCCUGGUGGCUCAGGUGGCGACGCUGCAGAACGAAGCUCAGCUCGCCGCCUUCACGUAUCAGCAGAGAUUGAAGCGAUACUUGCUGCACAUCAGCAGCAUCGCAGAACAGAUCGCUGGAUACUGUAAGAGUGAUUCCAGUACAGCCGCUGACAUGCAGACACACACGUCAGACCAUUCAACGACAGGAAAGCCGCAGAAAACUGUUGAGGAGCGUCAGAUAUCUUCUGAGACACUGCUGGUACUGCAGAUAGAGGAGUUGAGACAAAAAGGUUUGCAGACUCAUCGUGCAGCUUGAUGUUGCUUCCUCCUACUCUAUUUCACAUACAGCUCAUUUGUUUUCUUCUGUAUGUUGACUCUGGUAUCCCAGUCUGAGGGUUUCAGCAAUCUCUCCUCACAUCCUGUCAUUUCUUAUUUUCACUGGCGUUUCCAGUGUAUAGGGGGUUGUGAAUGCCAAACUGUUUCUUCAUUGCACAACCUAGUUCAUUGGCAGAAAAGCUGUCGGUAUAAGAUAUUGUCUUACUAAAACUCUUGGCUCUGUUUAAACAACUUCAGCUUAAUCCAUUUGACCCGAGGGUUCUCUGCCACUCUCCCAGUGGUCUGGCACCAAAUGUUUUGGCAUUAGACCGCAAUGUUGCAAUUAAUCAAUGACUGCAGAGGGAUAUGCUUUAGAAGUUUAGUGCUGUUUGUUCUCUCAGAAGCAAAGCAGACUGAAAAUUUGGGCUUCUCAAAAAAUAAGUAUUACUAAGAAAACUUAUGACAGAACUCGCUCACAUCUGUGUUACAGCCUUCAUUAUAAUAGGGGUGUGUGUUGAUUUUAAAGGUGUUUAGGAUACAUUUACAGGAAGGUACAAAAAGGUCAAAUGGGUUUGAAAAUUCGUUUUCUGAGCAUAUUCAUGGAAAGUCAAGUGGAAGAAAAAUGUGUCUUAAGCUCUGUGACUGAAAUUUGUAUUUAUUGAGGUCCACAUGUAUGGAAAAUCAGAUAUUAGUUGAUUACUUGGGGUGGCUAUAUUAGUAGUUAGCCUGUAGUUUGGUGCUUUACAGAUACAGCUUACCAAAUGUACUAUCUUCACAGUUAUACAAGUGACUCAUGUCAUUACUAAUUUCUAUUCCAUGCUGUCCCUAUUAUCAUAGUAAGACUUUCCUCAAACUAUGUAGAAUACAUUACUUUUAAAUUGAAAUUAAAGCUUUCUAUGCAACUUCAGAGUCCAUAAGGAUCCAUAUGUGCAGAGCAGAAGAAACAAAGUAAAAAUAUUACAUUUUAAGUAAAAAAAAAAGAUUUAAAACUGUUGAUAUAAUAUUGUGGACAUCUUCAUAGUUUAGGUUUGAGAACAAAAUAGUCGCUCUCAGUGAUGACAUUUUGUUUGUUCUUUUGGUUUUGAAAACGUGUUUCCUAACUCCAUUGUGAACUUUUUUUUGUGGUUACCUAAAACCUCUCUUCUUUUGCCAUGCAAUUAAAAGGUGGGACAGAUGUAAUUGCUGUGAUUUUUGGUUGUUGCAGAAAUAUAUUAAACCUCCCACUCUGGCAGCCAAAUCUAAUAUUAGCUCCUACUUUAGAAAGCCAAAAGGUUUCCAUUAUUAUUCCCUGGCUAGGAUCGGUGUUAUGUUUGGGCUGCUGUUGAGGGUGGAUAAGUUUAAUUGUGGUAAUGCUCACUUAAAGUGUUCCACUAAUUACCUACAGCAUGCUGUGAGUGCAACUGGCUCACUUUUGAUUAAUGUGGAAAACCGCUCUCUUUCCUGCCAAACGUGGGCAUUAGAAGCCGCUAUCUAUUUUCAGCAAUCCUGCUACUCAACUGUAAACUCUUCUCUAAUGCAUCUUUAAUGGCUUUGUCACUGCCUUCUGCUUUCCAGAUUGACUUUCCAGUUCUUAGGAAAGCUGUCUUGGAGAGAAUAAAAUAAAAGUUGCAAUGUUUGCCGGAGAAGUUAUUAGCCUGGACAACAGAAAUGAAUCGCUUGUCAAGAUCCCCAAGACAGUUAUGGAUUAUCAGAGUUGUGCCAAACCAUUGAGAGAGUGGCAGAUAUACCCUGGUCCACCUUACUGCAGCACACAGACAGCAUGCUAAUGUGCAAUCACAUGGCUGGUGUGGUUGUGUGUUAUUGAUCACAGAUCUGUACAUAUCUGAUUCCAUAUUUUUGUUUCGUUUUCAGUUUUUGUGCUUGUUGAAAGCAAUUUAUUUUAAUAAAAGCUACCAUAUUUUUCG